GUUUCUUUUGCAUUUCUCAGUUUGCCAGCCGUCACAGAAAAUUACACAUCGGAAAUCUUGACAGCUGCAGCUAUCCAGGACCGCGCUUCGUUGGACCAGCGCAGUCUAGUUCUGUUCGGUGUUCCUUGGAUGAAUUUGUCGUUGCUUGCGCGGACUUCCAGGAUCUGUAGAUUCUUCACCAUGGCCCAAUCCGUCCCGUACAUCACCUUCAACAACGGCCAGCGUGCGCCCAUGCUCGGACUGGGCACGUCACAAUUUUCCUUCGUCGAGGGAAAGGGCCCCGUGUCGAGCUGCCAAGGGACGCGCGAAGCGGUGGAGACGGCCAUCGACAUCGGCUACCGUUUGUUCGACACGGCGCUGGUGUACGAGAACGAAGUGGAGAUCGGGAAGGCCAUCCGCAACAAGAUUGCCGACGGGACGGUGCGCCGCGAGGAUGUCUUCGUCACCACCAAGUUGUGGGGCACGUUCAUGGAUCCGGCGCGCGUGCUGGACGGACUGAAGUUGUCGUUGAAGAAUCUGCAGCUGGAUUAUGUCGAUUUAUUCCUGGUGCACGUACCGACAGCCUACGAGUACGUGGACGAUCACACGUUUAAUCCGCGCGAUGCCGACGGGAAGAUCCGCUUUGUCAAGGCCGACCACGCGGCCGUCUGGAAGGCGAUGGAGCAGCUGGUGGAUCAGGGUCUGACCAAGUCCAUCGGCGUGUCGGCCUUCAAUAAGGAGCAACUGCAGUUUGUCCUCGAUCACUGCCGCAUCAAACCAGCCAAUUUGCAGACGGAAGGCCACGCCUACUUGAUGGACGAUGAGAUCUUCGAGUUAUGCCGCCAGCACGGCAUCACCGUGACGGCCUUCGCGCCGCUCGGCUCACCGGCGCGCUGGAUGAAGAAAUUCAAAGCCGACGACCCGACGCUAACCGAAGACCCGGUCGUCCUAAAAAUCGCCCAGAAACACAACAAAUCGCCCGCGCAGAUUUUGAUUCGCUACCUGAAUGAACGCGGCCGGAUGGCCAUUCCGCGCAGCACCAGUCGUCCGCAUUUGCAGGAGAAUUUUAACGUGUUUGAUUUUGAAUUUGCGGCGGAGGAGGUGGAGGCGCUGAAGGGGCUGGACAGGAAGGGAUCCAUCCGUUAUUUCCCCUUCGACCACCUGAAGGAUUCGCCGGACGCGCCGUACUCGGUACCAGGAUCGAUAAAAAAUGGCUGGACGGCGUCGUAAACGACAGGAUAAACUUUUUCUUCAUAACAAGGAUGUGAUUAAUUUAAUCGAAUAUAUUACGGAUGCUUAUUGGUAAUUUUUCGUUCCGUUUUUGUACGCCGAAAUGUUUAACUGGGAAUUAUUUGGUGUUAUUUUUGGGUUUAAUUCGGGAUGCUGCUUUUUAAUAAUUUUAUCAUUCCUGCUGUCGCUCAAAAAUAUUAAUAAUUAACAUAGUAAUAAUUAUUAGUAAUAAUUAUCA